AUUCACUCAAAUCAAUUUGGAAAGGUGGUUUAUAACUUUGAUUGCUGCAAAUUCAAUCACAUACUGGUAUUGGCUUUAAACAUUCUUCAAUAAUAACAUUUGCAUUUUAUAAUACCAUCUUCCUUUAUAGCACAAUCUAUUAAUGUGUAUACAAAGAGUUCGAACCAGGAAGAAGGGAACUGUGUGGAGAUGUUGACAUCUUUAAGAUUGAAUUUCAAGGUCAAAUGGUAGUGAUUAACACCUGGAUAUUUUACUGUAUUAUCUGAUCUUGUGACCUUGAGAUGGCAAACCUGAGAUAUGAAGGGGAAAUAGUGGCCACGUCAAGCUCUGACCGCCGUAACUGCUGGCUGACAGGCAUGGCCUUGCUUCCUGAUGACCACCUCCUGGUUACAGACUUCUACCCGCCAAACCAUGCAGUCAAGCUUCUAGACUAUCGCACCGGUGACAUGGUUACACAAGUGACCCUUGAUGGCUUCCCAUGGGAUGUAUGCUUGGUGGCCCCCAACAGGGCAGCUGUCACUGUGCCUGUACAUAUGCAAAUUCAGUUUGUGGGAAUCUCUGGUGAUAAACUGGCCUUGCAAAAAGCCUUUAAUGUGGGUGGGGAGUGUAAAGGCAUCGACUACCAUGACGGAAGGCUGUUUGUCUGCUAUGGAAAAGAGGAGAAAAUAGAAGUAUUAACACUAGAUGGGAGAAUUAUCAAUAGAGUAGAUAGAAAUACUGCAGGUAUUCUCGAUUACCCAUCUUACUUGACGGUUUCCUUUGACAAAAACAUCCCUUACCUCUAUGUUUCUGAUAGCGUGAGGAACCUCAUUGUAAAGUUCAGUCUGAACCUAGAGAUAAUGCAAAAGUACCAGAGUUUCAAUCUGCAGAAGCCUCGUGGUCUCACCCCAGUGAGCAAUGGUCAGCUGAUGGUGUGUGGAGAAGACAGUCACAAUGUUGUCCUGCUGGACACUGGCACGGGGGCAAUGACCGAGGUACUAGGCCCUGGGGAUGACAUCAGGUCAGCUCAGUGCGUCUGUUAUAGUCCUACACUUAGGAAGCUCUUUGUAACCUGCUAUACCUUUGAUCACACUAGACUGAACAAAACUGUGAAAGUGUUCACAGCUGAAAUGUGAACUGAAUUUAGUUACAGAUAAUAUUAAAAUGUAUGUAUUACCUUGUCUGUUUUUUGGAAAAACUCAAGCUAUUGACAGUCAUCGGUGUUAUAAAUAAAAAAAUAAUUCAAGAGAUUCAAAUGAACAUGCUGCAAGUGACAAUGGGCCCAUUUGUAGCAAGACCCAAAGCGUAACGUCGUGAAGCGUGUAUUGGGGAUCUGAUUUAAUGAGAUUGAGAGGAACCAUGUGUGCCCAUAGUGCCACUUGUCAGGCUUGGUGAUCACAAACCAAACUCACAUAUUAAGCCAAGUCAGCAAACUGAACCUGGGAUACCUUGGUGAUAAUGACUCACUAACUAGACAAACUAAUUCUUUUGUUUGCUUUAAUUUGUUUGUACAUGUGUAUGGUCAAAUCCAUUACUAUCUUAUCAUCUGAGUUCAUGAAAGAAUGAACCUUUUCCAAUUACAUGUACGUUUAUAAAUUGUAGACUUAUUUUGAAUAGCAUUUGAUAAAAUGAUUUGUGUUGGUAGCAAGUCGAUUAUUAAUCUAUUAGUAAGUAAUUCAGAGAGAAACACUUUUGCUUAUAGGCUUACAAUAUAGGUUUAUCCCCAAAACAUUUUUUUUGUUUAAAUGCAUCACCUAUUUGAUAGCAAAAAAUACAUGGUUUGUAACAGAUAAAAAUAUAAUUGAUACGGUGGCGCUUUUUAAACUCGGAAAUUUAUGGCCAUGUAGCUAUUCAUUUAAUAAAAAACAUUUAUCAAGGAUAAUAUUUUUUAUCUGUACCUAAAACAUGUGCUCUUUUUUUGGUUCUACCAAUAUAUCAUGUCUGUAGUUGUAUUAUGUUUAAAUCGGAUGUUUUAUAAAAUGGUUGUGUAAAUUAUGUUUUAACAAAUAUCUGCCUUAUCUAUUUACAAAAAACAAGAUUAAAAUUCUUUUUUCACAAGGAAGUGAGGAAGUUUUAUAGAGAUGGAAAAAUGUUUAAGAUAGUUUCCUGUUGUUUUGAAAAAAGAAUGUCAUCAUAACAUCACUUUGAAAUAAUAAAGGUGA